UUCUAUAUAACAUAUAACUUUACUGAUAAAAAUAUAUGACUCGAAAAAUAAAAUUAAAAAAAUAUAUAGUUUGUGGAUUUUUAGUUACAGUUCAAAUUUUAUGCAUAUUAUAGUGCAUAGUUAGUGUCUAAAACUUUUGAUUUUUGAAUUAAAAAAAAAUAUGUUUUGGAAGAUACAAUUACUAUCAACAUUUAUAAUUUUUAAUAAUUACUGUGCGGCUUCUCUUGACUGGCCAGACAUAAGUGACGUGAAUUCAAUUGACAAGUUUGUACAAACGUUUAACUCUCAAAUAGAUAACGAAUUUGAAGUUCAAAGUUAUAUGGAUGAAGAUUAUAAAAAUAAUGUAAUUAAAAACUUUGCAACAGAAAUGUUAAAUAUAUUUCACGGUUUCAAUAAAUCAGACGAUUAUAAAUCAAAUUUUACAUGGUUAGAUUUUGAAAAUAAGUUAAAAAACCAUCGAAUAAGUAAAAAUAGUACAUUAUCAUUAUUACCUCACAUAAUUUUGGAAAGUAUAAAAGAUGAACUUCUUACAAAUGAAAAUUCAACUAACAAUUUUUUUAACAAUAGAAUUUAUAACACUAUUAAUAAUAUUGAAAAUAUAUGUUUAUUUGCGGCAAAUUAUUCAUUUUUUUCAUUUAAAUCAAAAUAUUCAUAUUUAAAAGUUCUCUACACGGCAUUAACAGACGAAAUUGAUUUAUGGGAAGUGAAAUCAGACAGCACAGAUCUCGACUGCGAUGAACAUAUAUUUUUACAAGAUUUAUAUGACAUAUCAAGAGAAAUAAUAAGAGGAUUUUUUUUGAGAUUCUUUAGAAUGAGUAUAGGAUUAAGUUUAAAAUCAAAAUGUACAAAUUUAAAUGUCACUGAGAAAUUAAUUCAUGAAAGGGAAUAUUUUAUGACUGAUGUAAAAGAAUUAAUGAAUUUUACACAGGAUUAUUUGGGCAAUUAUUCAGAAUAUAUUUUUUCCUGUGAUUUUGAUAAUCACAUCCGAAAUAAGACAUACAUUGAGUUGGAAAGAAUGAUUCAAGUAGUUAUUCACAACGAAUAUUAUAUGGACAAGGCAGGAAGUUGUUCAUACAAUUGUGAUACAAAACAAAUGACACUUAAUUCUGAAAUGAAUGAAGAAUGUAUGGAUAUAAGUUGCAAUUACAUGGGAAAAAAACUUGAAGUUUGUGAAUUGAGUGAUGAUGUAAGGCGAUACCAAUGGUUCAAAGAUGAAAAUAAUAACGUAUAUGGCAAUAACACUAAUUGUAAAGGAAAAGUGGAAGAAUUAUACAGUUGGUAUCAAUGGACAACACGUUAUUGCGAUUUUUGUGUGUGUACUUGUACUGCCAAGCCGCGAAGAUUAGUACACAAUGAAAUUACUGCACUUAGUUUUCAAGAUCAAACGUCAGACACCGACAAAAACCAGAUCGUUGUCGAUUUAAAGUUUGUUGUAAAAAACAAUACAAUUUAUGUUGAUAUCAAAGAAGGUAAACUUUUACCACGAGGAAAAAUAGAUAAAAAAAGUUUGGUAUGGAAAUCACUGGAUAAUUGCACCAUUUUUGAUGAUUUUACUGCAUGCAAAUAUCCUCCCAAACCCGGUGAAGCUACAUAUAUUCAUUUAGUAGCGAGGAAAGAUUUCGGUUAUCCUAAAAUUUUGAAUUUAGAUGAUUUGAUAGCGUCUACAGAAUCAGUCGUUACAGGUGUUCGAUUUCGAUAUGCUGGAGAUUUAAAUACAUUUCCGAAAUUUAAAAACGGUUCUGUAGAACUGCAGAUUCGUGUUACGGAUUUCAAUUACGAAUCAGGUAAACUUUCUAAUACCCAUCAUUGGAUUUCGCCAGAUAAGAAUGUGACUAGAGAAGAGUUGAAAUUGGUAAGACCAGAUAACCCAAUAAAGUCUCCAAAAAACCUACCGAACUUAAAGAAAAACCAAUUUGUUAGAUUCCAAGUAUCGGAUUUAAAAAAAGAUGCAGGUCAGUCAACUGUGCCUUUUUUUGAUGCAAGAGCGAUGGAAAACAAAGUUUUAUUUCCACUCAAGGGUGUUGGGCUUUUGCAUCGCGGUCAUGAUGGCUUUGGAGGAUUCAUAGCUUUCAAACAUUUUAUUAUAAAUCCAUCCAAGUCCUUGAAUACUAAUUUGGGUGCUGCUAAACCCAUGAAAAGUAUAACAACAGACUCAUUAAAGUGGGACUUAUUUGCUCCACCAAAAUGGUCUCUAUUUCCAACAACACAAUAAUAUUAAUUAAAUAAUUUAACAAUUAUUAUAUAAAUAAAUUAUUUAUUAAAUAUUUAAGUGAAUAAAUAUAUCUAGUUACGAAUUCCGAUUAAAGUAAAAUAAUUUUUUUUUUACUCUGGACAAUGUAAGGGUAUAAAUGUAUCUAAUUAUUAUUAUUGAUAUUAAUUAACAGAUAAGUAACUUAUGACAAAAAUGAUAAAUAUUAAAAAUUCAAAUAAAAUUAUUUUAAAAUCUGUCUUUAUUCCCCUGAACUAUCAGUUAUCGGAGUCUCUCCAAAUGAACUUGUAAGUUUUAGAACUAUUUAUGGUUAAUGAUGUCUUUUUAAUAUAUAUUAGAAGUAAAAAAUUACACGGAGAAAAGUUAUUGAUUAACAAAAAAAAUUUCAUGAAAAUGUUUGUUAAUAAAAUUGUUAAAAAAUUUGAUUUGAAUCAAUCAUAUUUCUUCUAUUUUUUCCGAAAUCAAGGUUUCAAAGGGCUCCCCGCAGUCACAACCUCCCUCGUCUAUUAUUUAUAUCCGGUAUAAAUGUGCUUUUACUUGGGUAUGUCCACUUCUCAAUCUGUUGUUGAUAGUUAUUUGAUCUCUAGUUAAACCUAGUCCAUGGAACCAAGGUUUGAGUUGGAACUCCUUCACGUUUCUCCUUUUGCAUAAUUUAUCAUUUCUUUCUUUAAUUUUUCCUUGAAUAGUUCGUUACAGUGUUCAGCUUCAAGUCCGUCCACUCUGUUUUGGAUCCCUGUAUUCUUUAUGGCCUCUUUAGCCGUUCUAUCUUCUUCAUUUCCUGAUUUGCCUUUAUGGGCUGGGGUCCAUAUCAUAGCUAUGUUUAUACCCAUUUCCCUGGCUUCCCAGAUACUUUGUCUAAUUUCUAGAAGUCCUAUGUAGUCCCUGUGGGUUCCUGGUCCCCCCAAUCCCAUUAGUGAGGAAUGAGAGUCUGUGCAUAUCAGUGUGUUGCUAUGUUCCUGUCUUAUAGCCAUCCUGAUGGCGAUUUUUAUGGCCUGUACUUCUGCAGCCAUGAUGUUUACUUGUGGAUCCAUCGAUACACUUAUCCCCUCCUGUG